ACAUGUUCGUUGUUCGUCAAGUAGACUUGACGCUUGUUGUGCCCAGCGAUCCCCCGACCAACGGAAAAUCUUCCACAGCAUUGUGCAACCGUGAAUUGAAAAGGCAUUUGCAACUGUAACUCGUUUGUGUCCAUAGAACAGGUGUAUGUGAGUGAGUGCCAGUGCAGGCAUUAUCGAGUAUCGCGCCCUUGCCCUUUUCACCCGCCACCCGCAACCCGUAAAUCGUUCACCGUUUACCGAUCUAAUCCGACCGUAACGUUCUCGAAGCUUUCGACAAGCUUUAACCAAAAAACGCGUGGUUCCGCCAAACCAUAUGAAAUAAUCAGCGGCGAAAAAUAUAGCGAGGCAGAAAAAAGAAAAGGGGAAAGAGCAACAACAACAAAAACAAGAACAGCACCACCAAAAGGAAGACGCAGUUGAAGAAAAAGUGUUUGUGUCGCGAGUGGAGUGUAGCGGUGUGUUUGUGUGCCAGUGUACAGAGAAAGCACAAAAACAGCAAUAACACAUUAAUGAAUUUCGUGAUUAAAAACAUUUCAAAGGUACAACAAAAGCUCAUUUAAUAUAAAAAUAAGAAGGAGGCAAAAGCAAGGAAAAAACCAAACUGAAAACAGAAAUUAAAUCAAAUCGCUGCGGGCGCCAACAACAAACGUGGCAAAAAACUAAACCGCAAAACGAAAACGAAAACGAGAGCGACAGCUACAGUGAGAGCAAGAGCGAUCGCUAGUGAGUGAGUGAGUAAGUUAGUGAGAGAGAUAGUGUCGGAGAGCGAGCAGAAGAUCGCGAGAAAAGAGCGCGAGCAGAAGUCAACGAGCAACGGUUAAACAAAAACAAAAACGAAGCCAGAACCAAAAACCAAAGCCAAUUGCGCACGGAACCCGACGAACCAUACAACCAGUUGGCAAUACGGAAAACGUUAACUAACACAAAAUACACAACUUAUACGGUAUAUAACCAAAAUCGGCAGUAGUUCAACGAUUAUUCGGUAGAACUACCAGAAAAUGGUCAACAAAUCCAAUGGAAAGGUAGCGGGGCAGCAGCAGAAGGCGGACAAGGAAAAGGAAAGGCAGCCAGAGACAAUGCUGCCGGUGGUGGGCACCACCAGCAACAAUCAGACGACACAAAUAAACAACAACAACAAUGGCAACAAAAGCAAAAAUCCAAAUGUCAAGACCAACAACAGUGCCAGCAAGAAGAAUCCUGGCAACCAAAAGGGACAACAACAGCAGUCGCAGCAGCAGCAACAGCAGAGGACCAAUAAGAAGGGCAAACCCCAGAGACAACAGAUCUUCCUGCAGUCGCUGCCACGCGACACCAGCAACUACAGAAGCUACAACCACAGCAACAGCAAUAAUAGCAACAGCAACAACAACAGUAGCAGCAUUCUGGUCACAUCUGCAGCAACCGACAAUGGGGUGAGCAAAGUGAAUCCCGCCGAGCUUUUGACCGCCGCCUUGGCCGUGCCCUGUGCCAAGUGCUCGAAGCCAUCGAUGAUCACCCCACUAACGUCCGCAUCCACCUCUACCUCUGCCUCUGCCGUCUCCGCCGUCUCCGUUGCCUCCUCUUCGGCCUCGACCACAUCCAAUUCGGAGACCGCGAGCAAUCACAGCGAACUGAGCUUUCCCGAGCCAAUGGUUUACUCGGCCAAGCAGUACCGCAAAUCCAAAUCCUACAUGGGCGUGUCUCAAUACAACAGCUCCGGCUACGGUUCCUAUCAGAACUCUUCCGGCCGGGGAUCGAAUGGAGCCACCUACAGACGCUCGCACAGCGAUCGACGCAACUCCUUUGAUCGCACAUUCGCCGAAAGGAAUCGCGACUUUGUGCCCAUUGUGCCACCGCCGCGACCUGUGCUCUCAUCCUCGAACAUUGCCGGUGUCAUGGCCAGUUCCACCAAGUUGACGCUCAUCGAACGCUUCGGCAAAGGACGCCUCGCGUAUCCCAUAAUGCAGUGCGGGACACUAGACGGAGCCGAACAGGUAUAUCAUCAGCAGCGCAGCAACAGAAUGGACGUCUACCAGAUUGACGAUGGAUUCCACUCAGAUGGCGGCACCGAGACACCGCCACCGUCGCCCAGCUCGGGCUCCUCGAUAGCCUCGACCUCGGACCAUGGGUCGCUGGAGAGCGUCGACACCGGGGGAACACAGCGCCUGGCCGUUCUCUCGUUCGAGCAGGUGAGCAAGCUGCACGACGUGAUGGACGAGAAGGUGGCCAUACAUGGACGCGGCAACUUCCCCACACUGGAAGUGACGCUCAAGGACCUGGUCAACCUGGUGCGCCGCAAGCUGGAGGCAGAGGUGAACGCCGGCGGUGCCGGGGUGUUAGUUAAGGACAUCCGCCUGAACGGUGGGGCAGCUAGUCAUGUUUUAGCCAGCGAGGAUCAGCCAUACAAUGACCUGGACCUGAUAUUUGCCAUCGAGCUGAGCACACCGCGCGUCUUCGACCGCGUGAAGGUGGCCGUGCUCAACACACUGCUCGACCUGAUGCCCGAGGGCGUCUGCAAGCGACGCAUCUACACGUGCUCCCUCAAGGAGGCCUAUGUCGGCAAGAUGGUCAAGGUUAACAACAACAAUGACGGCGACCGUUGGUCCCUCAUCUCGCUGGGCAACUCGCCGGGCCACAAGAACGUGGAGCUGAAGUUCGUCGAUUCGAUGAGGCGCCAGUUCGAGUUCUCCGUGGACUCGUUCCAGAUCGUGCUCGACUCGCUGCUUCUGUUCUACGAUUGUGCCGCUCUCCCCAUAUCCGAGAACUUCUACCCGACGGUGGUGGGCGAGUCCGUGUACGGGGACUUCCAGGAGGCGCUCUACCACUUGCAGAAGAAACUGAUCUCAACGCGCCAGCCAGAGGAGAUCCGCGGCGGCGGCCUGCUCAAGUACUGCAACCUCCUGGUGCGCAACUACAAGGCCGUCGACUCGCAGCUGAUCAAGACACUGGAGCGGUACAUGUGCUCGCGCUUCUUCAUCGAUUUCCCGGACAUCAACACGCAGACCACAAAGCUGGAGGCCUACUUGCGCAAUCACUUCUGGGGCGUCGACGAGGAGCCCCUCCAGUAUCAGUACCUGAUGCAUUUACGCGAGGUGGUCGAGAUGUCGACGGUCUGCCUGAUGAGCCACGAGCGGCGACAGACGCUGCACCUUAUCCAGUCGCUGGCCGCCCAGGUCCUCUACAACAAGCAGGAGAAGCAGCAGCAGCAGGCCCAGGCGCAGUACCAGCAGCACCAACAGCGACAGCAACAGUUCCUGGACUCUGCGCAGCAUCAGCAGCAGCAGCAACAGCAACAGCAGCAGACACAAGCUCAGGCGGCGUCGCAGCAGGGCACAACGCUCACCCUGGUCUCACAGUCGCCGCAGUCGGCCCAGGGACAGACCAUCUACGUGCAGCAGGCGGCCCCGCCCACGGUCUGCUGCACAAGCAGCAGCGAUCAGUCCGCGGCAGCGGGCCCACAGACUAUCCAGAUACAGGCGGGCCCGCCGGGCCUCAUCUAUGCCAACGGCGUCUACUAUGCACCUGUGAUUCCCAGCACCAUUUGCACGUGCAACUCCACCUGGCUGAGCACGUGAUUGGGGCAGCACACCCAACAACACCAGCAUCAGCAUCAGCAUCAGGAGCAGCAGCAAAAGCAUCAUUUGUCAGAGAAUGCAUUGGGAUCAACAACAGCAACAACAACAACAACAACAACAACGCUCUUGGCUGAAACUGAACUAAUAACUAAACCACCAUCAUCAUCCCAAGCCCCAGCCCCAGCCCCACCUCGCAUUCAAAUCCGAAUCCCGACAAACAACAACAAGAACAAGAGGCAGAGCUCAACCAUACAGAAAGAUGGAAAUUCGAAGAUAGCCAUGACAGGAGUAGAGAAAGAUCCGGAGAAUACAGCAGCAACAGAAGCAGCAGGAGCAGGUGGAGGAAUCACUGGCAUCCUGGUGGUCACCACGGAGCUGAUUCAAGGUGUACCCGUCUACAGCCGGGAGGACAGCAGGGAGGCGGGCACCUACAGCGGACAGUUUGCCUUCUUCUAUCCGCACGAUGGAUCGCCGCCCAGUAUGCUGCUGCUUGGCGAGAACUCCUAUCUCAAUGUAACCGAGCAUCAGGACGAGGAGCACUAUCUAAAGAAUUUUGUCUAAGCGGAGAUACAGGGCAACCGGUAACGCAGCCUUUCUUCUUCUCGGUGCCCAUCGGUACGACUCAAUGUUCCCUUCCUUCCCCUUUUACCCAAUUGCAGUCUGUAGAGACUUUCCAAGACACAGCCCACCAAACUCUCAACAAAGAAGAUCAUUUUCAGACUGAAGUCCAGCCGCUGUUAGAUGUUGAUCAGGGCCCCAAAAAAAAAUAUUAAAAAAAAAAAAAA